AUGAACACCGAUCCUCUCACAGGCGAACCUUUACCCCCUACCGCCAUCCAGCGCAUCCUCUACCUCGCGCCCAAAGUCCACGUCUACCAGAUUCCACCCCUCACCUCUACAAAAGGCUACCAAGCAUCAUCCUGGACGGCCGACCCCAAGCGCCAGAUCUUCACCGCGCGCCUCCGCAUCCUCGAAACAUCCAUCCCCUCUCCAACCGCAACCGAUGAUUCCGCCGAGAAAGUCUCUACAACGCUGCUCCUCGAGGAUCCUUCCUCUGGCCAACUAUUCGCCGCCGCGCCAUACACAGCACCCAAUGUAGUCGAGCAAGCCCUAGACAGCAGUCGUUUCUUCGCGAUAACAGUCGUUGGCGAGGGACGCAAGGCGGUAUUGGGCAUGGGCUUCGAGGAGCGCACUGAAGCUUUCGACUUCAACAUCGCGCUGCAAGACGCACGGCGCGCGCUCGGAUUCGAAGCGAAUCCCAACGCUGCGGGGCCAGGCAGAAAAGCGGCAGCCAAAUCAGCUGACGAACCGAAGCGCGAUUUCAGUCUCAAGGAGGGGCAGACGAUUAGUAUAAACCUCGGUGGACUGAAGGGCAGACGAGAACGGAGGGAAGGAGAUAACAAGAGCCCGGAGGAACAGAAGAGCGAGCAAGACGCCUUGUUCAGCAUCAAGCCGCCUCCCGGGAGCGGAGGCGGCUUCUUACCCCCGCCGCCCAACGCAAAGAGCGUGAAGGAAGAACGCAGAAGGAGCAGGCAGAGCUUUGAGCCGAAGCCCGAAGACCUGGGCUUCGAUGACGGAGAGUUUGGGGAAUUCCAAUGA